GGAGGCAGGAGCAGACUCUUUCUCAGGAUUUCAAGAGAUAGAAGUGGAGAUGGCAAUUGAAGAGAGUGAGCAGUUCCCUCAUGGUGUAAGCGAGGGUUGCAAGAAAGGGGAUAGGAUCAAGAGUAAAAAGUACUGUGAUAAGAAGGAAGAGAACACAAAUAUUGUUCCCAUCUACAAGUUGUUCUCUUUUGCUGAUUCGGCUGAUCUCUUUUUGAUGAUUCUGGGGUCAUUAGGAGCUCUGGCAAAUGGGGCUGCUAUGCCUCUUAUGACUAUUCUCUUUGGGAACGCCAUCCAGUCUUUUGGAGGAGCUAAAGAUAUUCAUGAUGUGGUUCAUAGAAUUUCAAAGGUGUCCCUUGAUUUUGUCUAUUUGGCAGUUGCUGCAGGAGUGGCGUCCUUCCUCCAGGUGGCUUGCUGGAUGGUUACAAGCGAGAGGCAGGUUGCAAGAAUAAGAAACUUGUAUCUGAAAACUCUACUAAGGCAAGAAAUUGCCUUCUUUGACAAGGAGACUGUAACAGGUGAUGUUGUUGGAAGGAUGUCUGGGGACAGUUUUCUUAUGCAAAAUGCUAUGGGAGAGAAGGUUGGUAAGUUCAUUCAGCUAAUAUCAGCAUUUAUUGGUGGAUUCAUAGUUGCAUUUACACGAGGAUGGCUUCUAGCCCUUGUGAUGUUGUCCAUAAUUCCGCUUGCUGCAGUUGCUGUUGCAAUCGUGUCUGUCAUUGUAUCCAAGAUGGCUUCAAAGGGACAAACAGCCUAUGCUGAAGCAGCGGUGGUGGUAGAACAGACGAUUGGUUCAAUUAGAACUGUUGCGUCUUUUACUGGAGAAGAUCUGUCAGUGGACAAGUACUGCAAGGCUGUAAAAAAGGCCUACAUUUCCAGUGUUCACAAUGGCCUGGCUACUGGAUUGGGUCUUGGCACAGUAAUGUUUCUUAUAUUUUCUGCUUACUCUUUGGCCAUUUGGUAUGGAGGAAAGCUGAUCUUAAUUGAAGAAAAAGGAUAUACUGGUGCACUUGUCAUUAAUGUUAUCGUAGCAAUCAUGAUUAGUGCCUUCUCUCUAGGUCAGUUACCUCCAUGCAUGUUAGCAUUUUCAGCAGGCCAGGCCGCGGCCUACAAAAUGUUUGAGACAAUCAAUAGAAAGCCAGAGAUUGAUUUAUAUGACAAAACAGGGAAAACGUUAGAUGAUAUUCAUGGAGAUAUUGAAUUUAGAGAAGUAUAUUUCAGUUAUCCAGUGAGACCAGAUGAGCAAAUUUUUAGAGGAUUUUCUCUCACAAUUCAUAGUGGGACCACUGUGGCUCUCGUUGGAGAGAGUGGUUGUGGAAAGUCAACAGUAAUCAGUCUGAUUCAAAGAUUUUAUGAUCCACAGGGUGGUGAAGCCCUUAUUGAUGGCAUACAAAUCAAAUAUUUCCAACUUAAAUGGCUCAGGGGUAAGAUGGGACUUGUAAGCCAGGAGCCUGUUCUCUUUGCCUCAAGCAUUGGAGAUAAUAUUGCAUAUGGUAAGGAUAAUGCAACCAUUGAUGAUAUUAAAGCUGCUGUUGAGAUAGCUAAUGCUUCCAAGUUCAUCGACAAGAUGCCUAAGGGACUGGAUACAAUGGUUGGUGAGCAUGGGAUUCAGCUAUCUGGUGGCCAGAAGCAAAGGAUUGCAAUUGCUCGAGCUAUUCUGAAGGAUCCAAGAAUAUUGCUACUGGAUGAAGCUACCAGCGCACUCGACGUCGUAUCUGAACAAAUUGUGCAAGAGGCACUUAAUAGAAUCAUGAUAAACCGCACGACUGUUCUUGUUGCUCAUCGUUUAAGCACGGUGCGAAAUGCCGAUGCUAUUGCAGUUAUAGGAAAUGGGUCAAUAAUUGAGAAAGGUUCUCAUUUGGAGCUUGUGAAAGACCCAAAUGGAGCAUAUAGUCAACUCAUACGCUUGCAAGGAAUGUUUCCUAGUUCAGAUCACGUGUCUCUACCUGAUGAAGACAAUGCCAGUCUUCUUAUUGCUGGAAUAGAGCCUUUAGAGCUUAGCAACCAUGAAGAUUCAUCCUCAGCUGGGUUUAAUUUGGACGCAGGAGCUGAUGUUCAAGGAAGUAAAUCAGAGCAGCCCAAGACUGCAAAGCCUGAGCUUCCAAAGGAAGUUCCUCUUCAUCGCCUUGCCUUCCUUAACAAACCAGAAAUUCCAAUGCUGCUUCUUGGUUCAGUAUUUGCAAUCAUCAACGGACUUCUUUUUCCUUUUUAUGGAGUACUCUGGUCUGGUGUUAUACAUACUUACUAUCAGCCUCCUCACAUGCUUAAGAAAGAUUCCAAGCUCUGGUCGUUAGUGUUCUUAUUAUUUGGGGUUGUUUCUUUUGUUGCAUAUCCAGCAAUGUCAUACUUCUUUGCUGUUGCUGGAUCCAAGUUGAUAAGAAGAAUUAGAUUGAUGACAUUUGAGAAGAUUGUGAACAUGGAGAUAGCAUGGUUUGACGAUCCUGAGAACUCCAGUGGAGCAGUUGGUGCUAGACUUUUAACAGAUGCAGCCAAAGUUACUAAUCUUGUUGGUGAUGCACUUGCAUUAAUUGUUCAGAGCAUUACAACAUUAACUGCUGGUUUGGUAAUUGCUUUUGUUGCCAAUUGGCUACUCGCACUUAUUAUUUUAUCCAUAGUUCCUCUCUUAGGCAUCACUGGAUGGCUACAGAUGAAGUUCGCAACAGGAUUCAGUGAGGAUACAAAGAUGAUGUACGAAGAAGCAAGUCAGGUGGCGAAUGAUGCAGUGGGAAGCAUAAGGACAGUUGCUUCAUUCUCAGCUGAAGAGAAAGUUAUGGAACUUUAUAUGAAUAAGUGUGAAGGUCAUAUAAAAACAGGAAUCAAACAAGGAGUGAUUGGCGGGAUUGGUUAUGGAGUUUCCUUCUUCAUACUCUUUUGCGUGUAUGCAAUUUGUUUCUAUAUUGGAGCUCACCUAGUUCAGGAUGGGAAGACAACAUUUCGUAAAGUAUUUCAGGUUUUCUUCACCCUUUCAUUGACAGCCAUUGGAAUUUCUCAGUCGAGCUCCCUAGCAACCGACUCAUCUAAAGCUAAAUCUGCUGCAGCUUCUAUUUUUGCCAUUCUUGACCGCAAAUCCAAAAUUAAUCCAAGCGAUAACUCUGGGAUGACUUUAGAAACAUUGGAAGGCCACAUAGAAUUCUCUCAUGUUAGUUUCAAGUACCCUUCAAGGCCAGAUGUUCAAGUUUUCCAGGAUUUUUGCUUAUCUGUUCAAUCUGGAAAGACUGUUGCAUUGGUAGGUGCGAGCGGUAGUGGUAAGUCAACAGCAAUAGCACUGCUGCAGAGAUUUUAUGAUCCAGAUUCGGGUCAUAUUAUGCUGGAUGGAAUAGAACUGGAAAAGUUUAAGCUAAAAUGGUUGAGGAAACAGAUGGGUUUGGUGAGUCAGGAACCAGUCUUGUUCAAUGAUACAAUAAGAGCGAACAUUGCUUAUGGGAAGGAAGGAAAAGCAACUGAAGCUGAGAUUUUAGCAGCUGCAGAGUCAGCAAACGCCCACAAGUUUAUUUGUAGCUUACAGCAGGGUUAUAACACAAUGGUCGGAGAGCGAGGAGUCCAACUAUCUGGAGGUCAAAAACAAAGGGUAGCUAUUGCUCGAGCCAUUAUCAAGCAGCCAAGAAUUUUGCUCUUGGAUGAGGCUACAAGUGCACUUGAUGCUGAAUCUGAAGGAAUUGUUCAGGAUGCAUUGGAUAGGGUUAUGGUCGUUCGGACUACUAUAGUGAUUGCUCAUCGGCUAACCACAAUAAAAAAUGCUGAUCUCAUUGCAGUAGUAAAAAAUGGAGUGAUCAUAGAGAAAGGAAAUCAUGAAGGAUUGAUCAAUAUGAAGGAUGGAGCUUAUGCUUCUUUGGUAGCUUUUCACUCAGGUUCCACUUGAUAAAUGGUCCUACAUCCCCUUUUUUAAGUUGUCUCAUAAGGUUAUUAGUUUGUUCUCCUUGUAGCUUUUCACCUUUGUUAUCCAUUUCUUGCAUUAUUUAUCAAUCAAGUUGUUAGAGAUUCUGUUCAUUCAUUAGAAGUUUCCCAUACAUCUGAACUCCCCAAAUAAGAUGCAUUUCUCUUACUUGAU